UUACAUCGUAUGCCAUUGCUGCCACGAUUGAAUUCGUUGAGCAUGUCAUGUAUGACUCUUCUGAAUCGUCUACAAAGUAUUUUCAUUUCUCUACUAAGUCCUUGCCUAUGUUCGAUGAUGUUGAUAGUGAUGAUUCCACUCUUCCUCCCGAAGAUCCUCCUACUCCUCCUCUCCGUCACGGUUUUCCUCCCACUGAUCACCCCUCACCAGUCACGCCUGGAUCUUUUUCAGCAACCAGCUCAUCCAGUUUGUCUCCUUCUUCUCUUGGCAGUCCUCCCUCUACACAUCCGACUGAUCCUCCUAAUCUUCGAUGCUCACCUCACUCGAUCCGAGGUAGUCCUCCAGCUCGAUUUCAAGACUAUGUGGCUCAUGGCGUGGAAUCAUUGAUUGUCCCAGUUUGAUACAAACAAGCACAGGAAGAUUCAUUUUGGGAUCAUGAAACGUGAGUUAGCUGCUCUUCGUGAGAAUAACAUGUGGACAUUGGUACCUUGUCCUCCUCCUUAGACUUUAGUUGUGGGUUGUCGAUGUGGGUGUAUAUAGUUAAAAUGAAUCCUUAUGGUACAGUUGAUCGUCACAAGGCUGGGCUUGUUGCACAGGAUUUUACCCAGGAGUAUGGUAUUGAUUACACCUAAACCUUUGCUCCUCUAGCAAAGAUGUCUACCGUCCGCAACUUAAUUACUUGCAGUUGCUGCUCAACAGGAUUGGCCGCUUUAUUAGAAGGAUGUCAAGAAUGUCUUUCUCCAUGGGGAUUUAGAGGAGGUCAUUUAUAUGGAGCGUUCUCCUGGUUAUACUCUUGGAACUUCUGAUCAAGUCUCUAGGCUAUAAUAGUCUUUGUAUGGUCUUAAAUAGGCACCUAGGGCAUGGUUUGAGAAGUUUCAGUCUACCAUCACUAGUUUGGGUUUCAAGCAGAGUAUGAAAGAUCCCUCUUUGUUCACUUGGUCCAUGUCCGCUGGGAUUGUUGCUUUACUGCUUUAUGUUGAUGAUAUGAUCAUUACCGAGACUGAUUAAACAGGUAUAUAACGUCUUAAAGAGGAUCUUCAUGCCUCUUUUAGCCUACAGGAUCUUGGAGAUUUCUUAUUUCCUCGGCCUUGAGGUUACUCGCAGCUCUCAAGGUGUCUUACUCAGUUAGGAUAAGUACAUUAGUGAUCUUCUUGAGGAUAAUAAUUUUGCGGAUUUUAAACAUGUUGCUACAUCGAUGGAACUCAAUUUAAAACUGGGUCGUGACUCUGGUACCCAUCCUAUUGACGACACUUCCUACCAUAGUAUCGUCGGCAAUCUCAUUUACCUGUCGGCUACUCGUCUUGACAUAUCAUAUGUCGUCCAACUUGUGAGUCAGUUUAUGUCUACUCCACGUACUGAUCAUCUUGCAUCAGUUCAUCGGAUCUUCUCUAUCUCCAGGGUACUCAAGAUGUUGGUAUGUUUUUUCCUUCGACAGGACCGGUUGGUUUACGUGCUUACUCUUAAUCUAAUUUUGUCAGGUGUGCUGAUACUCAACGGUCUACUACUAAUUGGUGUAUUCAGUAUGGUGUUGCAUUCAUUUCGUGGUGUUGCAAGAAGUAGGAUAAGGUGUGCAAGUCUUCCACUAAGGCUAAGUAUCGUUCCAUGUCUGAUAUUGCUUCUGAGCUCGUGUAACUUUGUAGACUUUUGGUUGAUAUCCGCGGGGAAUGUCCUCUUCCUAUGGAUCUUUUUGUUGACAAUAUAUUGCGCAGUAAUCCUGUUUUGCAUGAUCGUACUAACAUAUCGAGAUCAACAUUCAUUAUAUUCAAGACUUGUUUUGGAAUUGCGAGAUUACUAUGCGUAACUUAUACUUACUUGUCUAGCAAAUUGAUGCUCACUAAUCCGCAUCAAUUUGGGGGGAGGCUGUUAGACGAUCGAGUAUCUUGUUCUUUUGUACAUAGAGUUUUUUGGGCUUUUGUGUAGUUUGGUGGAGUGUGGAGAAGGCUUGGUCGUUUCCUUUUAUUCCAGGCUUAAUUGCCUGUGUUUCUUCCACUUCUAUGGAGGUUACACAUAUAGUAAUGGUUGUGGGGACUUGGGGAAUUGUUUUAGGUACGGAGUAAUGUAUUAGGGUGUGGGGGAUUAUAUAUCUUGAGGUGUAACAUUGGUGGCGACACACAAAGUGUGAUAAUGAAUUUGUGCUCGAAGAGUUCUAGUUCUUCCGUGGAUUUGUCUUGGUUUUCCAGGGUACCACAUACAUCGUGUGUUUGUCUUUCUCUUCUUCUCUGUGAUUUUCUUUCAUGAAUAUGGGAGUGGAACAAUAGCUUUUGGAACUUUUCUAAAUAUGCUUCAUCAUAAGCUCAAUGAAUUUGCGUGUGAUUUUCGAUUGCAAGUUAGUCACUGAAAUUACUAAAAAGAUUCAUGUGUAAUCACUAAAAAUAUUUAAUUCCA